CUUUGGGUUCUGUCACGGUGUUGGCGGUGCUCAGCUCACCGCGCCCCCCCGCCCUUCCGGCGAGCGUGAUCGCCAAAGAGGCUCUCUCAAUCCUGCUCUGCGGGGUCCACAGCAGGGCGCGAGUGUCCGGCGGCGGCGGCGAGCCCGUGGGCAGUGGGGGUUGGUCCCGCGGCUCCGGCCCCCGGUGCAGAAUGGCGGCGGCGGUUCGGAUGAACAUCCAGAUGCUGCUAGAGGCGGCCGACUACCUGGAGCGGCGGGAAAGAGAAGCUGAACAUGGGUAUGCCUCCAUGUUACCAUACAAUAACAAGGACAGGGAUGCCUUAAAGCGGAGGAACAAACCCAAGAAGAACAACAGCAGUAGCAGAUCAACUCACAAUGAAAUGGAGAAGAAUAGGCGGGCCCAUCUUCGCUUGUGCCUGGAGAAGUUGAAGGGGCUAGUGCCACUUGGACCUGAAUCCAACAGACACACUACAUUGAGUUUAUUGACAAAAGCCAAAUUGCACAUAAAGAAACUUGAAGAUUGUGACAGAAAAGCCAUUCACCAAAUAGACCAGCUUCAACGGGAACAGCGACACCUGAAGCGGCAGCUGGAGAAGCUGGGCAUCGAGAGGAUACGGAUGGAUAGCAUCGGCUCCACCGUCUCCUCCGAGCGCUCGGACUCCGACAGGGAAGAGAUCGACGUGGACGUUGAAAGCACAGACUAUCUCACGGGGGACCUGGACUGGAGCAGCAGCAGCGUGAGCGACUCCGACGAGCGGGGAAGCAUGCAGAGCCUCGGCAGUGACGAGGGCUACUCCAGCUCCAGCGUGAAGAGGAUAAAGCUCCAGGACAAUCCCAAGACAGGUCUGGGCCUCUAAGAGCGCGGCCCCCUCGGCUACCUCGAUGGUUCUCCCGGCGGACGGGAUUAGGUAGUGUAUUGGACCUGCCCACAGCCCCCCUGCACGUAAGCUUCCGUGUACCACCUCUACCAAACUCGGCUUUGUAAACGUUCUCAAGGAAGCGCUUAGGAUUGUGGGUUUCUGAUUGCAUCCACUAGCUUCUCUCUCUCCAUAAAAACGCGUCCGAGAGACUGUACAUUCCAAUCAGUUCGAAGCACCCAAGAAUUCUUAGACCGAAUAAGCAACUUUCACAUCUCAGCAGUUUCCCCUCUUCUUUACCAUCCCCGUGUAGUCUAGCAAACCUUUCUUAGAGUUUUCUGGCUGUGUUACUCACCUAGCAGAAAUGUCCGAAUGUGUCUUGUGCUUAGGAACCUGAAGGAAACAAACUUUUAAAGUCAAGAGCCUGAUCUCAGAACUCCAAAGUAAGCUUUGAAAGCAGCAUUUAAGAGCACUUAACCAUGGACCUCACCCCCAGUGAGGAGUCAGGAAUACCUCCAGAAAACACCCCUCACACACCCCCUGCACUCCUUCCCCGACCCGCGUAUGGAUGGGAGCAGGACUUCUCACUUAAACGUGGAGCCCUUGAUGGCAGGGCUGUGGGGCUGCACAGCUGACCAGAGCUCCGGCGGCACUCGCUCCCACCCCCAGACGGGACAGUCUCCCCGUGCGCUGUGCUGGGGGCCGCGCCAUCUACUGCUGUCCCAAGACCCGUUUUCCUCUCCAAGUUCGUUAUGCUACUUGUCUCUGGAACAUUUUUUUUUCCUACCUCAGAGAUAAAUGAGAUCUCCAUUUCCCACUUAACACAAAGUGAUUAUGCCUUUUUUUCACCCCCAAAUAAGUGACAUUUGGUCCAAUUCUAAUCUAUUUUCCUAUUUAACUUUCAGCAAUAACUGAGCUUUGGCGCUAGCUGAGCUAGUGUCCAUCAGUGAAAGGAAAAGUCCACAUUUCUACUCUGUUGCAGGUGAACAGGAGGGGAUGGUACAGUGUUAUUAGAAUUCCUCUCCUUAUUUUUGGAUACACCUAGAAUCUUCCUUAUGGAGGCUUUUGGGUUGGUAGUUGAAAAGGCUGAUCUUUUUUUGGUUAUGAUUUCCCCCUUAAGUGGGUCUCCCACUUUGUAGCAUUUUUAUUUAAGCUAAAACAGAGCACAUGUAUAUGUACAUAAGACACAUUAAAUCUAUAAAUACUAUUUAUUCAUUUUAUAUAAACUAAUGUAAUAGAAACAAAUUCUUAUGACUUUGUGCUUUUAUAGAUGUUCUAGAAACUUUGUAUGUAGGUAUCUACCAAAUUGGUUCGUUCCCCUUAAUAUUUUUGCAUUCAUAUUUUUGAUGUCAAGGUUUUCCACCUCUGACGAAUCUUUUUCAUUGAAUUUGAACCGUUUGUAAACCCUGUGAUGCUGAAACAGAGUGUGUGUCACAAAGUGACGAGAACAUUCCUAAAAUCCACAGACGCACUGCAACCUAAGGGCUCCACGGCUGCACCAGCCAGUGGGCCAGCGGCCGCCGUGUGCUCCCCCGCCACCUGCGGUCUCUGGCCCCCGCCCCCCAGACUCACCACGCCUCCAGCGCCUCCGCCUUCCACACAACUUCCCCACGACUCAGAGUUCAAACGUGCUCCACACAGAAGCUCAUUCUGUACGAAAAGAGUGGUCCAAACAAAGAUUUUUGGUUUUUUAUUUUUAUGAUUCUCUAUUAAAAAAUUGGAAGUAGUCAAUUCCUAAAUGAUUCCAAAGCCAUCUGUCAUUCUUCCGUUUUUGUUCUGUUUAUUUUUCCCCUUCGUUUCAGCUUUGGGUGGGGGGAGGGGCAGGUGACAAAGAAUUUUUUUUUUAAUUGGAAUCUUUUCCAAUGACCAGCUGAAGAUUUGCACUGAAAUACAACUUGUAUGCCUUUUGCAUUUUUAAAGCCUGCUUCCUGAAUUUAAGCAGAGUGAUAGUGUUCAAAGAGCCAGCUCAGCCUGUAACAUGUUUGAAAAAGAUGUAUCUGCACUUUGAGGUCCCUUUCUAAUGCCAUUCAAGAGACCUCUCAAGCAUUUUAAUUGCUACAUUCAAGCGCCUCAAGUCCAAGAUGCCGGAUGCCUUAAGGCAUCGAAAACUCAAGACUUUGGGCAAAGCUUGUGGGCUUGCACUGGGGGGAGGGAAGGGGAACAGAAUUUGUGUAUCUGUUUGAUUUCAAAAUAAGGCAUCUGAGAGAUGCUGUUAUUUUUUGUGUUUAAGUUAAACUGCAUUUUUGUCUUUUGGUUGAAAUAUGAAAUGUACUGUCCCAAUAUAAAACAGUAAUUAUCUGA